UUUCUUCACUGACUCCGUUGCUGAUCUGAUCGCGACGAGAUAACGAAUCUUUCCUCUCCCCGAUCCGGUCUUCUUCCUGCUUCUCCUUCUUCUUCAGAUCCGUACAGUUAUCAUCACUCCCAUUGAUCUCCUCGCUCGACGAAUUUCAGUUGAGCUAAGCUCCAAUCAGAUCCCGACGCCGCAUGGUUCCGGCCCUGUUCUGGCGCAAAUUCGAUCAACGAGUUGUUGGAGGCUGAGCAGCUUCUUCCGCUUCUCGAGAAUUCCGACCGAAAUGCCAUCUUUCAGCUCCAAUUCCACUCGGGGAGUGAAAUUGGGGGCGCAGGAAGCUUGAAUUGCUUGCCAAUUUGACGCUGCUUGAAUAGAACAGAGCGCCUGUAGAAGAUCACCGGAAAAGGCAAAUGGCAACACCGGUUGAGCCUCCAAAUGGAAUCCAUAUCAGAGGAAAGCACUACUUCUCCAUGUGGCAGACCUUGUUCGAGAUCGAUACCAAGUACGUGCCCAUCAAGCCCAUUGGCCGAGGGGCUUACGGCAUUGUCUGUUCGUCCAUCAACAGGGAGACCAAUGAGAAAGUUGCGAUUAAGAAGAUACAUAAUGCGUUUGAGAAUCGUGUUGACGCGUUGAGAACCUUGCGUGAGAUAAAGCUCCUAAGGCAUCUCCGACAUGAAAAUGUGAUUUCUUUGAAAGAUGUCAUGAUGCCUAUCCACAAGAAGAGUUUCAAAGAUGUGUAUCUUGUGUACGAGCUCAUGGACACCGAUCUUCAUCAGAUCAUCAAGUCAUCUCAAGCACUUACUAAUGACCAUUGCCAAUAUUUCCUCUUCCAGUUGCUUCGAGGCCUGAAGUACCUGCACUCAGCGAAUAUUCUCCACCGUGACCUGAAGCCUGGGAACCUUCUCAUCAAUGCAAAUUGCGAUCUAAAGAUAUGCGAUUUUGGGCUGGCACGUACAAGCAAUGGUAAGGGGCAGUUCAUGACAGAGUAUGUUGUGACCCGCUGGUACCGGGCACCAGAGCUUCUCCUCUGCUGCGACAACUAUGGAACCUCAAUUGAUGUCUGGUCUGUGGGCUGCAUCUUCGCCGAGCUCCUCGGACGAAAGCCCCUUUUCCCAGGCACAGAAUGCCUAAACCAACUAAAGCUCAUCAUCAACGUCCUAGGAAGCCAGAGGGAAGAGGACAUUGAAUUUAUUGAUAACCCGAAGGCAAGGAAGUACAUCAAGUCCCUGCCUUACUCCCCUGGGACCCCCUUCUCCCGGCUCUACCCCAAUGCCCAUCCUCUAGCAAUUGACUUGCUCCAGAAGAUGCUCAUUUUCGACCCGACAAAGAGGAUUGGUGUGACCGAGGCCCUUCAGCACCCAUACAUGGCCCCACUAUAUGACCCGGCCAACAACCCUCCUGCUCAGGUCCCAAUUGAUCUGGACAUUGACGAAGACUUGGGGGAAGACAUGAUAAGGGAGAUGAUGUGGAUGGAAAUGCUCCAUUACCAUCCUGAGGUCGUCGCAGGCCCCAUGCCAGUGUACUCUUGAUAACGUUUAUCGACUUCUCUGCUGAGAAGGUGCUGUAGGUAAUCGCUGUAGUCUAUGCGCCAGUUUUCUAUUUCUCUCUAGAGGUAUCACAAUAAUGUCAAUUAUAUGCUAAAAUCAUGCAUAUGAGUGCUUAUGCUAUAAAUUACAAAGAGCAUGAGUUGCAAGUUCUGUUUUAAGCCAUGAGCUUGUGCUCGUAAGUUAGUCGAUGACCUAUCUAGGGUUAUGUAUAUAGAUGCUGCUGCUGUUCGAAGAGACAAAAAAUAAACAAAAAAAGAACUCGUUUUUGUUGUAACCUUAUUAAAUGUAUGCUGAAGAUGCUAAUUAAUAUUAUCAGCUCAGCUGUGUUUCUAUGA